AUGUUCUUUGACGUUCUCUUGGACGCGAUAGUAUGCAAGAUUCUAGUCGAAACGCUGCCUCGGUUUCAACGGCAUGCGCUGGGGGGCGGGUGGUUUAACCUUUUGGUCUUGCAAAACUCCCAAAAUGCCCUCGACGAAGUCCUGAAUGGAGAGGAUGGCCAUGACCGACCAGAAGAGAAACCCAUACCCACAAUCAAAUUUGAAGCCAUCAUGCCGAGCACUGGACGAUUGCUGGUCAUUGAAAGCUUGCACACCUCCGUCACCAGUGAAAAAGUCGGCGACCACGACAGCAUUGCCUGCGCGAUGAACUAUGACCACACCAUACCACGGACACCUAACGUUACCACCACCGUUGUCGACACGAGCGAGCGGCUCUUGCUGCCCCCGGAUGGGAUUGUGCGCACAAUCAUCGUGGCCGUCUUUGCGCUGAGUUUUUACCUCCCCUUUGCUAUCCUCGUCUACUAUUGCAACCGACACAAACCCGCCAUUCGGUAUCGGAACCCCGUUGAAAUGACAUUCACAGCCACGGCCGCGUUUGCGUACUGCUUUGCGCGGUGCAUGGGCUCUCUCUUUGUCGACAAAUUUUCAUGCACACUCCGGUUGCUUUCGUUUGGAGUGCCGCUGCAACUGGGGUUGGUGGGGUACCUCCUGGCCGAACUAAGGGUAGUCUUGACAUUCAACUUGACCGAGAUGAUGCUGGCACACGCAGAGAGACGAAAAGUGAACCACCACAAACUCGGAUAUCUGCACUCGCUGCUGCGCCGGGGUCUGUUGUCGACGUACCGCAUUUGCCUCCACGUAGCUUGGAAUGUCCCCCUCGUGAUCAUCCUCUACAGCCACGACUACAGCUUGUACAACGGGGAAAACUGUCCCAACGAUUUGAGCCACCAAGUCACGACGUUGUUUGCGUCGGAAUUUCUCGUCGUGGUCGUCGCGUCGUUGAUGCUGUCGUUUAACAUGAGCAAAGUGGUCGACAACUUUGGUCUGCGCCAGUCGUUCCAAGCCAGCGGCCGCAUCUUGUUUAUUUGGUUCUGCAUUUAUUUUCCCCUUCUGACGUUCUUUUUCGAUGCGGACAUUGUGUUCAACUACCGGGCUGAUCUGUUCAUGGACAUUCUCAUCUCGCAUACAUUCAUAUGGAUCCACAUUGUGCUGCCGCUGCGGGAAGCGUAUGUGAUGUCCCAUCACGACUUCGAAGGCGCGGCGUUCAAGGGAACCGUGGGCAUCCUCGACGCGUACUUGCACACCCCCGAAGGCUUUCAGGCGUUUUCGACUUUUGCCAAGUCUGAAUUUCGACUCGAGUGCGUCUUGGCAUGGAAAACCCUCGUGGACUACCGCGUCGAUUCGCCCGAGCACCUCUCGGCGUUUGAAAUUUACGAGCAGCACAUCGCCCCCACGGCCCCCCUGUCGCUCGAAAAAGAUAUCCCAGCGUCGAUACUCAAGCGGUAUGGGCUAGCGUUUGAAGCCAACAGCAAGUACAGCAUCGUGCCCGAAGAAAUGGUCCGGGAUGCCAACUACUUUGACGUGCUUUUGGACUCUGUGAUGGACAAAAUUCUCGUGGAAACGCUGCCGCGGUUCCAGCAGCACGCCCUGGGGGCGACGUGGGGGGACUUUGUCUCCAAGUACAACACACAGAUGGCUCUCGACAAGAUGCUCGACCACGAACACGCCCCAUUCUUGCAGUCCAAUCGCUCCAUGCCCACCAUCAAGGGGGACUUGCUGCGGUCCUCGGGGCGCCUCGGAGCCAUUGAAAGUCGAAGGGAGAGCAACAUGGCGUCGUCUGUGACCGGCGACACAAUAUGCGAAAACGACAAAUCGCUCGAGCACACUAUCAAACGUGGCCAUAGUAAAGAUAUACAACACUUCUGAUAUUAAAAGUGGGUAUCGAAAUGGAGAGCGCAUAGCGCGGGUACCAAUUUUAGAGCACUGAGGCAGCCCCUACGCAUA